AUGAUGGCAAUACGUCACGUCCUUUGUGUUCUGACUAUAGCACUGUCUUGUCUCUGCAGUUGUGUGGUAGCUGCUGAUAAACAUAAAGCUCUUGAGGCUGAGGAUCCUUGUUCAUCUGGUUCACCAACUGAGGAUGCUGGUAAGUCUAAGUGUGCAGAAAGUAGUGGUAGAGGACGUAUUGAUGAUCAUGUUCGCCCUGAUCAAUCACAACAACUGGUAAAGCCGCAUAGUCCAGUGAGCAACACAAAUGGAGACCAUCGAGAAGAGGGAAGUGUUAGUAGCGGCACGAAAGAUGACCUCGCCGCACCAGGACCGGAAGAAGAACAAGUCCAUGAAGACACAGGGAGUCAUGUCAAAAAGCCAAGUGUUGAUGCUGAAAAAUCUGGUUCCCUUACUGAUGGUGAAGAGCGACGAGGUGUCGAAAGUCUUUCUCCAUCACGUACGCCUGCACCAGGUGGUAAAGUGCAAACCGAGAAUAAAGAAGACGCGUUGGGACCUGAGGGACAAAAUGUGGAUGCCUCUCCAGCAAAUGGAAGAGGGAAAGGAAGCCAAACUGCUGAAGAGCGAAAAGAAGAGAAACUGGAAGAUCCUCCACAAGGAGAGCUGACUGAUAAUGCAAGGAGAACUGAAGCAUCACCUACUGAAGUGGGCACUACACGGACUGAGGGCAAUAACGGGAAUCAACAAGCAGAAGGAAAUGGUGUUCAGUCUACUUCAGAGACUUCACCUGCACCUGCAGAGGAUGAGUCAACGAGGGACACUGCCAACACACCCAGUAAUGAUGAGGAAUCAACGUCAACUACCACCACAACCACAACACUUCCUCCUGAACUCACAAACAACAAGAAGGGUGAUGCAGACAGCAGCAGCAGUAUCAGCAGUUCUGUGUGGGUGCGUGUACCACUACUGAUUGUGGUUACACUGGCCUGUAUUCUUGUGUGCUGA